UGAAUUUCCGCCAACAAACUCACAAAACUGCGACUGAAGAAUGUUUGGACGUUUUCGAGGCUUCAGGGACCGCCUCAAAAAGCGUGGCCAUCAUGUCGAAGAAGAGUUGACGCUAGAAAACUCAAAUUUGACAUCGGCACAAAUAGCGACGGCCCUGAAGGCCCUCAAAAUUCUAGGGCUCGAGCCCAAGAAGCAGCAGCUGAACAAGCAGGACUUCAUCGUGUUUCUGUAUGCUAUGGGCCUGAACCCCACGGACGACAUCAUUGACUCCAAAGUCCGCGCCUUCAAACUGCACCACAAGAAGACAUUCACGUUUGGGCAGCUGGCGCACGUAUGGUAUUCCAUGCUGCAGGACCUGACGGAUGAGGACGAGAUUCUCAAACGCGCCUUCCAGUUCUUUGACAAGGACGGCAACGGCGAGAUCAGCGUGCAGGAGUUGAAGACCACGAUGCACGAGCUGGGCGACUUGCUGAGUGAGGAGGAGAUCGCGGCCUUCAUGGCGAUCAUGGAUGUCAACAACGACGGAGUGAUUGGGUACACGGAGUUCCUGGCCACGCUGAAGACGCAGGCGCCCGAGCUGUCGGGCGACAACCACAAGCUCAAGACGGCAAUGGAGGGAGACAGGAGUGUCGCGGGCGGCCUCAUGCGCGCCGACGCCCGCCACUAUGAAGACCCGGGCCUGCCGCUGGCGGGCGCCGGGCCCAGCAGCCCACACGACACACUGCUAGCGGCGGCGGCGGCGCUGUCGCCGUCAGCCCACCACUCACCCGCCGGGACACACACCGGGCUCGCGCAUCCGGCGAACCAGGCGCACCCGCAGCAGCAGCAGCAGCAGCAGCAGCAGCAGCAGCAGCAGCAGAGCCUCAACCGGCGACACCAUCCCGAACUAGAAGAGGCGGCUGUGCAAGGCGGCCGGGAGGGAGGCCUCAACCGCGGGAGCGAGGGCGAGGGCGUGGGGAUACCGGAACCGUCCGUAGCGGCGGGGAUAGGGCCGGGCGCGGUCGGCGCCAGCACCGGCCGGGGCAGCGGCAGCGGCGAAGGCAGUGCGGGCGGCGCAGGGCCAGGCUCGCCGCGGCGACAGGCGUCGCUGCGGGAGGCACAAGCGGCAGAGGCGCGAGGCACAGCGGCGACGACAGCGGCGAUGGCGGCGGCGCUGCAGCGGCCGAGCAGCAGCAGUACGCGGGACGGGGCGGCGCUUCCGCCGUCGUCACCGCCGGGCGUAGGCGCUGCGCCGCUGGAGCGCAGUGGGUCCAACCACAGCAGGUCUGGGGACGCUGGUGCGGCCGGCGGACUGCGUGCGCCGUCUGCCCUGGAGCCAGGGCCGGGCUCGGACGGAGUGGCCAGCCCUGCGAGCAGCCACGGGGACCGGUAGCCGCCUUGCAGCAGGCACCGGGCAGCGGCCUACGUCCCACCCGCCGUGCAUUCCCGGCAGUGGUUCCGAAUGCACAUGGCGGGAUGGGCUUUGGGCCACGCCUCCAAGCAUGCCUCCAUGCAGUGGCUCCGCCAGCCCACGCUGCUGCUAGGCGCAUGCCUAACUGGCGGACGCCGAUCAGCGCUUGCCAAGUUAGGUAAGCCUUGUUGAUGCAACCACCUGACGCGCCACGGGUGCGCAUAGCGGAUUGUCAUGGGCCUCACCACACGCGCCUGCGACGAUGCGCGGGCAGCGGGCGAGGAGUACCGACCACAUGAACAAUAGUGUUGACUGCAGCGGACUCAAUGGCGACGGGCCAACGGCGGCGAACAAUGGCGAACGGUGGUGGGACUGCACACAUGUGCACACCUUUUGCCGUCCCUUGCAUCCCUUGCCACGCGGACGUGCGUGUGACUUGAAGGAACCUCGUGCACGGUCUGGCUUAUAAAAUGCAGGAUUCAUUGAUUUGUACGGAUGAGCCGUGUGCUAUGCUUGAGCCAGCGAGGUUGUUUGAGACGUGACGUGGUGACGAAUGAACAGUGCACCGCAUGCACUCGUACUGGGGGGGGGGGGUAAUGAGCGUGAGCGGCCACCCUUGCACACACAGUUAGACGCGUCGUGGUGGCGUGUCCUCAAGAUAUACAGGCACGCAGGAGCGUUAGCACUGGUCGGAACAGCAUCGCACACCUACCUAUGCUGGGGCAGGCAUCCCUUGGGGCGUGCGUGUGCGUGUGCGAGGUUAUGGUCUGAGCUGUCCGGGCGGCUAUAAGGGCCUAUCCAGCAGAGAUGAAACGUCAGUCAGAAAUUAAUUCACUGGGAGCGACGCACAGUCGCCGUCUGGCCUGUGUCCACAUUGGACGUGCGGGUUAACCACGCUGGGGUUUUGCACGGGCACAAGUUCGCGAUCGGAGGCCUCACUCACAACUCACAAGUCCUUUGCCGCAAGUUGCGCACCCCGUGCAGCCCAUAGCACGCAGCAUAUU